AUGGCCUCCCAGCAGAUUCUGUUCGCCGAGACGAUAGCCGGCAUGAAGAAGGCCUUCAAGAGGAAGGCUUAUGAAUCCGACUCCGACUCCGAGAUCGAGAACCACGGCAAUCGCGGCAACAAGCUCAAGAAGCGAGCACGAUUUGCACGUCAGGGACAGCUGGCGCCGACCGACGGACCGAGUUUCUACAGAGAGGCAAUCGACUAUGCUGGUGUCAGGAGGACCAUAAUUCAUCGAAACGCUCCACUAGUUGACGAUGAGGGGUACGAGGUCAAUAGCGAGGACGACGAUGAGCAGGUAGAAGAGGCCGAGGCGACGGCUGCGGAGCUCAAUCCGUACGCCAACGUGCGGUUGGAACAUAUUCUGGCGCCCCUGACUGCCUCGAUUGACCUACCUACCCACUCGACACUUUCGAAGCCUUUCGUCUCGCAGACCCUCACAGACUUGGUUCAACAGAGCAGCGCUAUGACGCAAAAGGAAAACAAAUCCCUGUGGAGGGUCAGAUAUAUGUGGACGGCGCUCUGCGGCGACGGCAACUGGAUGCCUUGCGAAAAGAUGAUCGGUCCGAACGACCUGAACCUAUACUCGGACGAUGUCGUCGCUCGCCAUCUGCUCUCCUUGAGAAGAGCCAAUGGCGCGAGAUCACCACAUCUCGGUACGCCAAAUGGCCAUAGACCGGAUGGCCAGGCUACUGGCGACAAUGGUUUGGGCUCUGUCGAUCUAAAGUCAACAAUAGAGACGUCGCAAGAUGCCGACCUAUCCAUGACAGACGUCCCCUCUGAAGACAAGGCUGUCAAUGAGUCGAAGCCAGAGGGCUCCGAUGAUAAGCAACAGAGCGGAAAGGAUGGACCUCCCGACGCUCGGAAGGAGGUGGAAGCUCGAAAUGGAACUUCGGAGAAGCGCAAUGGGGCGGACAAUGGCGAGAAGAUACCCAGUGACAGCAAGAAGUCAAAGAAGACCGAGCACGACACACAAGCCGCAGAGGGCUCUGGCGAUGUGGCAAUGGGCGAUGCCAAUGCCGCGUCGGGCGAGCGACUGAAUGUUGGUAAUGUGGGCAACGGAGUAUUGGCAGCCUUGGAUGAUUCAGUGCUGCCGUUCAUACAUCCCAUGUUCCAGCCGCCGGGCGGGGCCACGCGGGACCGGGACGUCGGUCUACCGGAGAAUGAAGCAGAGGAUAUCAGGAGGCUUCUCGCGCUCUAUGUACAAAAGCAAGAGGAGAUUUGCCGCGGGACUUCGAGGCUCUACCAGGGUCUGCUGAAAGCCGAGCGGCUGCGGAAGGACGUGCUGCACUGGGCCAAGGCCGAGGCGCACUGUGGUCCUAAUCGGGACAUGUCAGACGGAGAGGAUUGGUACGACAAAGAGGAAUGGGGCCUGUCAGAGGACCUCAAAAAGGGCCAGGACGAAGAGGAAGAGGAUACGACGACAACGGGCAAGAAGACUCGAAACCGUCGGCAGUGA